GCUGGGUUCUGCAUGUCUGCAUCGACCGCAUGCCAUCUAACAGCACAUUAGUCUGUUUGUUAGCAUAGCUAAGGGCAGCUCAUUGGGCGUUGCUUACUUCGUAGUGAUGUAUCAGUAUGGCUCAUGGGGCCUGGCCACCUGCCCAUUUCUGUUUACGGAGGUACUCCCCCCUGGUGGUAUUGUUGUUGCUGUAUGUGGGUUGUGGGUUGGGAGGUGUUCCUCCAUUUCAUCAGUGUCCCGAUACUGUUGAAUGGUCAUAAAACCCUUGGCCAUCCGAUUGGUCCAGGUGUAGAUGCACUCUAUGCAGACCAUUUCGGCCCGCGCGCAACCUCACGGGAAGGCAGCGGAGAGUGGCAAGCGGGCAACCAAGCUCUCAUGCAGAUACUCUGCAUGGUUGUGCCAAGGACGAGAAAGCAACACAGGAUGAAGCUUUCGAUUAAUGAUCCGCGAUGCUGGCAAUGCCCAGACUUGCGCCAGCAUCCAAGACUCUGUUUCUUUAAUAUCUUGAAAAGUUUGAAUGGAUGGGGGAUUGCUGUUCAAAAGCUUGGCUUGGAACGGUUGCAGCCUCAUUGGAAGUCUGGAAGUCUGGAACCAGGCACGCUAUCCGUACCUUACCUUAGCUUAACGUCAACAUUUAUUAGUAUCGAGGUAUCCCCCUUGUUUGACGGGGAGCGGCGCUGUCGAAAAACCUGUCAGUAGGUAAGAUUCGUCCUCUGAGUGGAAUGUCUGACUUCCCAGAGCUCGCCAAUUGGCAUCCGUGCAAAAAUUGAGGAAGGAAAGGACCGUGACAUCCUCACUGAACCUGAGCAUCUCCGAUCAAGGAAUCUGACGGCAGUUGAAAUGGUGUAGCCACAUACCUAUCCGUAACCCUGUGUCCCUUGAGGAAGGGGCGAAGGGCAGGGAAAGUUGGGGGUGUGGGGGUUCGAGCUGCUGAAAGGGGACGACCUUCAACAUGGAAGCCACCACUCACCGAAUCGCCAGGCGCGUUGCAUCGACGCCGGUUUUUGUUCCACGCUAACUUGAGC